CGUUUUAUUUCGGGCGUCUUUGCCUUAGGGACAAGGUUUACCAAAAUGGCUCUGUCAACUUUGAGAAUUGCUGGUCGUUUCAGUGCUUCAGCUCUGCUGAGGCAGCGAGCGCCUAUCUUCAUGACAAGAGUUGUUGCCAUCUCAAGCAACAGAAUUGCCAUCGAAGAACAGAAACAGUUUUGGGAGUUGAAUGAAGUUACACUGAAAAGACCACAGUCUCCUCAUUUGAGUAUCUAUAAACCUCAGCUGACUUCAGUUCUGUCCUUGAUACACAGAGGCUCUGGUAUUCUAAUGGGGUUAGCACUGUAUUUGAUCACAUACACGGUGACUGCGAUGCCACACGAUUUCACCUUUUAUAUUGACUUCAUCAAGGAUCUCCAUCUGAACCCCUACAUCUUCACCGGAACAAAAUUCCUUAUGGCGUUCCCUUUGGUUUACCACAUGAUCAACGGAGUAAGGCAUAUGGCAUGGGAUUGCUGUAUUGGUUUUGGCCUGCCAGAGCUCUACAGAAGUGGAAAGUUUGUUCUCACCCUUGCAUUCUUGGUGACGGCCGGAAUUGUCAGCCAAUAAACGUGACAGGAACAAUUCAUAAACAUGUUAGCCAUGGCUGCAAACAUUGUGCAGUUCCUGUAUAAGUAGUUUUGCAAUCCACCAAAGGUGUGUUUGAUGCAGUUUGCACCAUACAGUUAGUUGAAAUGUUGAAUAAUUUUCUGAAACAGUUAGGUACUUUCUACUAUCUUGGCUUCCCAUAAAGUGUGGUUAGUCAUAUGAUAGCGCAGUGCAGUGUCACAGGUAAUUGGCAAGCUUUUGGAAAAGUUCAUGAUUCUUUACCGCAAGGACUGUCGAUAUGAUUUGAAACAUUGUGCAAGUCCAAGGUCAGAUGCACAAUGUUGGGGUAUAUUACAUCUAACGAAAAUGAAUUAUGAAGGUGCAUAAAAAAUACCACCUUGUUUGACAGGAAUAUUCUAUCAUAAAAGAUGUUCAUGUAAGACAUGAUGGCUGAAUUUACCCAUGAUUUAAAUCAGUUAUAUGAAUCGGUCCUUAUGUCACAACCUUCAGGCUCGAGAUCCAAUGAAAACAUCCAGGACAGGGUCAAUGUCACGGUCCUACUGGUAAGGUCCCGACAUACACCCUGAUAUACACUGACGUCAGGCGGGUUAUCCUAAGAAAUAAGGUCCAGGCAAAUAGUGCGGUUUACAUAACAUUUAUCAUAAAACUCACCCAACCCACAUCCAGUUACAGCAUGUUAUAUACAUCAUACAGACAGGCAUCAAGAACCAUGGAAAUGUCCCUCAUGACACAGAAAAAUCAACCACACAUCCGUGGCAUAGGAUCCAAGGGGAUACAGGGCAUUAUCUUGAGUGGGAUCAGAAUUACAACAGUUAGCAAUUGUGGAAACUUACCACAUCAGAGGAAAGAUGAAAAUGAGACCGGUGUGGAAUCAACAAAGAAAAAAAAGAUACCUCUCUUAACGUGAGUGAAUUUUUUACCCCAGCAAAAUACGGAUAACAUCCUCACCGCAUUUGAAGUUCCCUAUAGGAGAUUCUGGGCCCUUUUACCAGUCCAAAAUGACGGGCUCUCCAGGAUUAAAAAAUUGUUCAAACAAAAUUCAUGCAACCUUAUCAGGAGAUCCAGUGACUUCAAUAGGUCUGGAGUGACGGCAAGGUCCCGCUGAUCCACCAGCAAAUGAGGCAUAUCCAGAAAGUAUGCAUGUCAAGUUGAGUUACUGUACAGAUACUUGAGCUAGUCACUGGCUACUCCACAGGCAGAGGAAUAGAAAAAAAUGUGUACCUUCAACUCCUGAAGAAAGGUGGAGCAUAAACAAAGAGUGUACCAAGGUCUCUACUCCUAGCAGGAGGAGAAAAAUGUGUACAUCUUAUCGCAUGCUGAACCAGUCCGAUGAAACAAAGGGAUGCUGCCCUAUGAAUAGCAGCAUGUAGAUAAGAUACCUACCCACAAUGCAUUGCAAAAACAAAAUGGUACAAACUCUAGAAAACACUCAAUAAAAGUUUUCUACACACACAGUUCAAGAAAUAUCCUCAAUACAUCCUAGGAAUGACAUUACACAAAGUACCAGACUAAGAAUUAAGAACAAAUGGGAGAUUCAUAGCAUUAAGUUGAAUUGUUAGUAGACUGAGCCAACUUGCAUUUCACGAACAUCUUGUAUCGCGUUAUUGAGAAAAACUGCCUGUUUUUAAAGCUCUAUAUCUAGGAGGUGUGCUGGCAAGAAGUAUCCAAAAUUUAUACACAUCUCUGAUGACAUGUUCUAGUUGAUGUCUCUGGCAAAUUUCAACCAUGUAGCGAUCAGAACUAUGAAACAGUUAUGACAUAUGUAGGACACCACUCAAUGUGAAUUGUGUCCCAACUGACACAAUAGUUGGACCUGGAACCCACCCACAUUGAGCUCCAGCACCUGGGGUCCAUGUGGGUAUUUUUCAUCUUAUAAAUCUUACUAAACUAUGAGCUUGAAAUGAUGCUGCUAAUCAAAUGUAUGAGUCCUUGGACACCAUCUUCCUUGCAACCUCGUUGCAAUUUGAUGGCAGUCUUCAAACAAUUAUACUUCAUUGGAGCACCUUUAUUUUGCCCAUUUGGUAUUAAGACAGCCAGAACUAUCUCCAAUGACAAGAAACUGACCACUCCGAAUCAUAAAGCAGACAUUUCAUUAUGUGAUUGGAUGAUAUACAAUGUAGUAACCCAAAAAUCUAUUGACUGAUAAUGUGACCAAUGCUACACCAUAUUAUUUUGGCCCACCAUGUGGAACCUACGUGGCCUGAUGUGUCAAAAGUCCAAAAGUAAGCUUGUAUCGCCAAUUUAUUUUCGUUGGUAUGUAUCUUGUAGCACAUGCCACGUAUUGUCGCAACACCAUUUACAAAGUCAUGAAAGGAAAAUAAGAUUGAAUGCGCUUUCGUCACCUAAUUCAUAGCAAACAUGUCAUUGGGGUCCGAUUGUUCUUGAUAUUUGAGAGAGAUGUUUUUUACACACCUUACAACAUUCAAAGCUGUGUGAAACAUACAGUAGCCACUGUGCUGAAGAGUAUAUUUUUAAAAGUUCAUCUUAAUAAAAUGUGCUCAAAUUUCAGAAUGAUACGUUCUGUGGGUCCAUCUUUUAGAUACAACUUUAAAAGAUUGGCAAACUUUUUUCUGAAUAACACAUUUUGGAAUAUUCCUGUCAAUCAAAGUGGAUGUUUCUUAUGCAAAGCAUUAUUGUAUGUCACAAUUUUACUGAUUUUGCGAAGUCACAGAGCUACAUCAUGGCCAUUUAAAUGCAACUGUGGCACAUUCCUCAACCGCAUUUCAAUUAUGUGAGCUUGUUAAAGGCCAUAACUCCAGGUUUUUUGCCAUUUUCUGCUGUAAGACGAUUUCAAAAGUGUACCUUACACUUUAUACAAUACAGAAAACCAAAUGCAAUUAGCUCCAUCCAUUUUGAAGAUAUAGCCAAUUAUGUGUUUGACAACUUGAUUACCUAAUCAGGCUAGCAACUGGCUUGUUAGAGCCAGGCGGCAGGUUCAGCAAAAGUUGUGAUGUAGAUCAGGCUAUCUGUACAUGUCAUGCAAUCAUAAAAGCAGGAGGGCCUUAAUUAAUUAUGCACACCUGGAAGUAAUGUGUUUCAUUCACUAUGGUGUAUUGUGUGGCUCCGAAUUGUGUCAAGGAUAGCACAAAGAACAAUCGAAUGACGGAUGGGACCCAUUUUCAUGAAUUUCCAAAGCCAGUUGAACGAGAGAGGAGGAAGCUGUGGAUUCGGAAGUGCAAACGUUUGGAGUGUUGGAAGCCUGGGCCUUCGGCCAAACUUUGCAGUGAUCACUUUAUCGAUACGGAUAAUCACAUGAAGCCGGAUAUCUGCAUCCAACUGAAUAUUAAAUGCCACUUGUUAAAAACAGCUGUUCCAUCUGUAUUCGAUUUGACCAACCCCACUUACAUGCGACAGCCUCCAUUUUCUGUUGCCUGCACGUUCAGGGCGUUCAUCACUUUCGUCCGAAUGAUCACUCUCAUUAUGAUCUAGUGAUAUUAAUGGCUCGAACAUGUACGGCUCAACGUUUAAAUAUCCUUCUGUAUCGACCAAAACAUCCUCAAAUUCACUGCUCUCACUCUCUGAACUGUAUGCGGAAGCCAUCUUGCUUUGUUCUGACUAGCCUGAUCUACGUCAUCAAAAAAUCCCUAGCGGCCACAUGUGGAACUAAUCUAAAGUUGUGUGUGGUGGGAAAUUCAAAUAGUUUAAAAUUGAAAAUUGAAAUAACUAAAUAAUGACUUAAUUAUUAGAAUUUUUUUAAUGUUUUUUUAACCCUCAACAUAUUUCAUGAGUAUCAAGCAUGUUUUCAAACCUAGAUAUAUGGCCUUUAAGUGGCUCCUGGCCGUUUCAAUUCGGAAGAAAAGUUUUUAUGACUUUUACUUCAACUGGGUUAGCAAGUCAUCACAUCUUGUAUGGCGUGAACAAUGGUGGCACAUCUGCUUACCAUUGAGUCAUGAAAGUUGAAACUUCGCGUAUGGAUGUCUUGACAUCAUGACUUAGAUUACAAAGGAUAAUCACAGCUUGAACUACUUUGUCCAUAUCUUAUGUACGCUGAUAGCCAGAAUCAUGACUUUGUUACUAGGGAUACUUCUGAUAAGACUAAAUUAUGUAACGCCCAGGUUUUUGUAAUUGGCGUACUUCUCAAAGUCACAGAGGUCUUACUCUUAAUAUUUCACUGACCGUGGCAUAUUCUGUGAUUGUUUGUCUUAAAUGCUUAAAUUCGAUAUGUAGACACCUAUUGGUCAUCUCAACAAGAUCACAAAAAAUGUGGUCAAUGUGACCUACCUUUCCUAUCCUUGGUCAUAUAUCAAGAAACAUUUACUGUCUGACAUUGAAAUUAUGUAAUUGAUUAAUCUGAACAAGCUUUUUCAAAGUGCUAGAAACAUUUUUAACUUGACCCAAAAUUCACAGUGAUAUAAGGGAUUCCCCAAGGUGGGUUACCCAGACCGCAAAACUGGCACAGAGGUCAAAUUCGGAAAUCUACCUGAUGGGGGCAUGGUUCCAUAUUUUUUGUCCUAAUUUGGCAUGUUUUUAGCCGUCUACUCUAUAGCCUCUUCACAAAAAUGUAUGGCCAUGUUACCUACUUUGUUAAAUAGACUUUGCCAUUUUUGUGCAUCAUUGAUUGAUACGAUCAAGCUUAACAUAGUGCUUAUACAUUGUAACAUUUUGGUCUUGACAUAGUUUCCAAGGUCAGAAAGGUCAAACUCCAAACGUUUUACUACUAUUUGUCACAGAUUCUUCAAAUUUUACAUAUAGACACCUAUUGGGAAUCUGUACAAGUUGACCAAUUUAGGUCAAUUGUGACCAAAUUUUAACCUAGUUAUCAAGUUCACGGAGGUCAAACUCUGAAAGUGUCAUUGAUAGUGCCACAUUUUGUCACUGUUCCCCCUCCAUCUAUCAUUUCAUCUACCACUAAAUCAUUCCCAGGUGAGCACAAUGUCACCAGGACAUUUAAUUUAAACAGUGGACCUGUUUAUCAGAGUGCACCAGUUUAACAGACUGGUCAACAGAGUGUAAAACAUUUAUACCUUGACAUAAAUUUACAAUUUUGGUAUGAAUUAAGAGGUAAUGAGCUGGAAAGUCCAGGUUUCCCUGGUAAUUUGGCUAAAAUUUGUGUCAAAGCGGUCCAGGAUUGACUAAACUACGCUGGAAUACUCCC